CCGCCGUUGUCGGCGGCCUUAUGAGUCGGGGGACCAUGCCCCAGCCUGGAGCGUGGCCCGGCGGGAGCUGUGCUGAGAAGCUGGCGCGGGAGGCGGGGGCCGCGUCUCCGGGCCCCAUCAGAGCCGCGGCGCGGGAGGGCGGGAAGGCGGAGGCCGGCGGGCAGUCUCUGGCCGCGUUGCGAUGCCCGGCCGAGCACGAAGAGGACAUGUAUCGUGCUGCGGAUGAAAUAGAAAAGGAGAAGGAGUUACUUAUACAUGAAAGAGGCUUAUCAGAACCUAAAUUAAGUGUGGCUCCUGAAAUGGAUAUCAUGGAUUACUGCAAAAAAGAAUGGAGGGGAAAUACGCAAAAAGCUACAUGUAUGAAAAAGGGCUAUGAAGAGGUAUCUCAGAAAUUCACGUCCAUACGGCGAGUCCGAGGAGAUAAUUACUGUGCACUGAGGGCCACGCUGUUCCAGGCCAUGAGCCAGCCAGCAGUGCUGCCCUCCUGGCUGCAGGACCCGGAGCUCACGCUGUGGGCAGGCUUGGCUGAACUGAGAACUGCUGAAGCAAGGCAGAUAGCGUGUGAUGAACUGUUCACAAAUGAAGAGGAAGAAUAUAGCCUUUAUGAAGCUGUAAAAUUUUUAAUGCUACACAGAGCCAUUGAACUAUAUGAUGAUAAAGAGAAGGGAAAGGAAGUCCCAUUUUUCUCUGUGCUUUUGUUUGCUCGGGACACAUCCAGCAACCCUGGACAGCUACUGAGGAACCAUCUAAACCAGGUGGGACACACUGGUGGCCUUGAACAGAUUGAAAUGUUUCUUCUUGCCUAUGCCGUGCGCCACACCAUCCAGGUAUACCGGCUCUCCAAAUACAGCACUGAAGAGUUCAUCACGGUCUACCCAACAGACCCACCCAGGGACUGGCCGGUGGUGACCCUGAUAGCCGAGGAUGAUCGGCACUACAACAUCCCCGUCAGAGUGUGUGAAGAAACGAGUCUGUGACAGACGUGCACUCGGACAGCCUGACGAUGGGGCCAAGGUGUGCAGGCAGCUCCUGGGCUCGGGCCUCAGCCUGCUGGUCUUAGAUGAACUAUGCGAACUCUUGGACCCUGUGAGCCACGCUGGCCUGGGAUGUUCUGAAGACUAGCUUUUGAUGAUAAGAGUUAACCAAGUUUCCACCCUCAUUUAUGAUGCAAAAUGUUUUAGUGGGACCCUUCAGAGCAUACCUGUUGGAAGGUGCAAACUACAUCUUUUCCAUAAAACAAAUACUUCUGUGUCAGGAGACUCAUUUUGGAGAGGAAUAUGUUCUUUAUAUCUCAAAUCAAACUUUCUCUAAUAGUAAACUGGCUUUCAGUUGUUUUUUUUUUGAAAGAUAGUGAUUUGUUUUAUUUUGUUGGUAAUGGGUCUCUGUGGUACCUAUGCAGUUUGCUUAUGCAGUAUAAUUCCGGGAUGGAGUCUGCUAAUGGCCCAGUCUUAACAUCCUCUGAUAGUCUCAUCAAGCAGUGGCUUGAAUUUACAUGCUAAUUACAGCUCUCCUAAACAUAUUAUUUAAUAGAAAAUUAAGAAUUAGGUCCAAAAGGCUGGAGGCAAUGGCACCUGGAAAUCCUUGUUCUUCGGGGACAUUUUAGGUGUUUGAGGCCGCAGGCGCACCAGGCCUGGUACGAGGUGCAGGUGGUGCGCUGUGAGCCGAGUGAGUGCUGCUUGUAGUUGAGCUGUAAUGUUGGGGACUGUUUAUAAUUCUGCAGCCCAUAGAUGCACCAUUAUUGUCAGAACAGAGCUCAAAUUGACCAGCUUUUUUAGAGGAGGAAAGCAAGACCAAGUGGCUGCAGGCACUCGUCUGAGUUCAGGGGUGGGAUGAUCUGGAUCCAGGUCUUCCUGUGCCCUUUUCGUGCUACCCUUUUAGAGGGUUUCUAUCGCCAAAUUCAUCUGCUGGUAGGGGACAAACAACAGCGGAGUGUCUAAGGUUUUUCAUGAGCCAAUUUAAGCAGAAGUGUAUACUAAAGCAGAGUAUAAAAGUAUGGCCAAGCUGCACCUGCCCUUGAUUUAUUUGGAAAGCCUGAGGGAGGCAUUGUUCCCCACCAUGAGCCAUUGCCUGCAUGAUCACAGGCUAGUGUGGUGACCAGGUGGUGGUUACGGGGCAGCCUCGCUGAGCAUGGUCUGCGUCAUGGCCUGAAUCAUCCACGUGAGGCAUGGACUGUACACUGUUCACAGUAACCAGAUGUGUUGAUCUUUAAGGUUGUAUCAGCAGCUCUUGAAUUGGCCCAGCAUUUGAGGAAGUGGUGGUACCCUGAAGUACUAAGCUUCUUUUUAGAAUAACUUAACUCUUCAGUCCAAUUUAUUAACGUUUAUAA